AUGAAACAUCAGUUGAAGCUGAUAGAUAGAUUUUAAGAGGAUAUGCAUAUAGCAUAAUUUGAAACAGAAACAGAAUAUUUAUCCAAGAUUAAAAAGCGUUAUGAUAAAAAAGAAAAAGCACUUUAAGAGAUCUAAAAUCUGGAAUUCCAAAAGGUAUUCAAUGAUUUUCAUGACAAAGAAGAGUUAAAGAAGAUUUCAUCUUUGAUUACAAGCAAGAAUUUCUUAAAAUUAAGUAAUAAUUCUAUUAUUCAUUAGACCUCUGUGGCUCCUACUACUAGCGCUCAUCAUAAUCUAUCAAUUAGUAACACUAAAACUUAACAGCAUACAUGCAGAAAGUAAUAGAGAUAGGGCAUUCAUAAUUUAUUUGCCAAUGGUUCAACAAAAGUAAAUAGAAUAAAUCUUCUAUCAAAUAAUAAUGGAAUAUAAUAAUCUAGCAUAUAACAAUAAAUCAGUUCUAACUAAGUAAAUUGUCCUGUUAUUAGCGUUGCAUAAAUAAGAUCAAGAUCUAAAGAUAAGAGUGACACACUUUUCAAAUCGUCAAUUAUGGCUAAGAAGUAAAAUUUGACAGCUGGAUCACCUUCACCAUUUGGAAAUCAACCAGGGGGAGUAAAUAACUCUAAUCAUUUCUAGAUGUCAAGAAGUAAUCACUUCCAAUCAUUAGAGUUCUCACCGCAGCAGGAAAAUCUGAAUGAUCUCGAAAAGCUUAAUGAAUAAAUGUAUCAAAAAACUAUCAGUAUGAAUGAAAAGUUCUAGCAGUAAACUUUCUCAGAUAACUCGACAGAUAGAGAAUACUAUAUGAGUCAUCCCAAGAAUCUCUUACAAUCAUAGGAUGGUAGCUAAAACAAUCUUUAAUGCACUAAUUAAAACAUAAAUGUAGAGAUGAAUGAUAGUAUUGUAAAUACAAACAGCAAUAACCAGCACAGUAUAUAAAUGCCUAACUAAAGCCUUGGUAAUCAGAUCAAUAUCUAUUCAUCAAUAAAUAAUACUGCUUCUUCUUCUGCAUAUUCUCACUCAAAUCAAAACUAGCAUCAGAUGUUUAGCAAGCACUAUACAAAUUACUAGAAGAGAAGUUCUAAGUUGACCACAAGUAAUAAUGAUAGUGGGAAAAAAUCCAGCAAUACUAGAUUGAUUAGCACAACUAUAAAUCUAAAAGAUAUCACUGAACAGUCCUAAAAAACGGUAAAUUAAGUAGCUAGAGCAUUACUUGAUUAGAAGAAACUAAAUAGUUCCACUAAAAAAUAAUAUAAUCAGUCAUCAAUAAAAAAGAAAUUGAAAUAAAGAACAGAUACUUAAGACUAUACUAGAUAGCCCACUAGAUAGGCAGAAAUCAGAUUGCAAGAUGAGAAUCUUAAGAAUCCAAACAUCUUAAGCAAUCAAUUUUAUAUCGCACCAGAUGAAAAUUAAAAUAGAAUUGAAAAUGAUGAAGAUGAAGAGAUUGAUCAGGUGUUUGAUGAGGAUGAGUUUAAUGAGAAUAAAAUCAAAAAUUACAAGAUUGGAUUAUAAAGAUGCAAUUAGUCUUAAAUAGAAUAUUCUUUGGCGAAAAAUAAAAGAGAGCCAUUAUUUGAUAUUAAGCCACAACCAAAUCGACAUCAUGAUGGAGUUGAUAAGCAACGACCAUAUAAUGACAGGAAGAAUACUAAGGUAUAAAAUCAGAUUAUUAAAUCUUCUUCUAAUGCAUAGAGAGCUUUGAUAAUCAAGACUUAAACAGAGAUUAAAAACUAAGAUUUGGGGUAUUUUGAAAACAAUCCAACACCAAAGCAACUCGACUUUGACAAAUGGUAAAAAUGUAAGGGUCUUAAAUCACCAUUAGAUAGAUCAAACGAUAAUUCUGAGAUGAUAACAGAUUCAAUGAUACAAAACAAUAACUUUUAACGUAAAUCAAAUAAUAGAAAUGAUUAGAUGGAUCUUCUCAACUAACUUUACUAAAAAACUGAGAGUUAUCUUUACGUCUUUUCAGGCUUUUACGAUCAUCCUCUUAAUAGCAUAGAAAAAUACGAUGCAAAUAAAGGAACUUGGACGGAGAUAAUUGGGGCUUUGAAUAUCCCUAGAACUAAAUUCUAAUGUGUGCCUGUUUAAUAGAAUGAUGAAACCUUAAUAUACAUCCUUGGUGGGAAAAAGUUUGAUGGAAAUAGAACUAACUCGAUUGAAGUAUUUAAUCCAAAAACUGGAGAUGUAAAAUCGAUAAGCUUGAGUUUAUAAAAACCAAGAUCAGGUUUCGCCUCAGUUUGUAUAUAAAAUUAGCUUUUGCUUAUUGGAGGUAAUGAUGGGAAGGUGCUGAACAAAGUAGAUGCACUUGAUUUACAGACUCAUUAAUGGGCUAAGCUACCUAAUAUGCUGAAGGCAAGAGAUGAAUUAGCUGUUGCUAUGGGUCCGGAUCUCAAAAUAUAUGCAGUUGGAGGAUAUGAUGGUCCAGAUAAUAAUUGUCUUAACACUGCUGAGAGAUUUGAUCCAUAAACUGGAAGAUGGGAAUAGCUACCUUCAAUGAAUGAGUGCAGAAGAGCUUUAUCUUUGGUAGCUCUACCUGAUGGAAUAUAUGCAAUAGGAGGCUAUAAUGGAAAUAGAUACCUCUCAUCGGUUGAAAAGUAUCUAAUAAUUCACUUAUUAAAUGCUAUAUAUAGAUUUGAUGAGCAGAGGAAUCAAUGGAUUUUGAUGAAUUCAAUGAAUAAUGAACGUUGCACUAUCUCAGCAAUUCCAAGUCCAGACUAUCAAUAUAUCUAUGUGCUAGGGGGUUUCAAUGGUAAACCUAUGAAUGUGGUUGAGAGGUAUUCAGUCUUAAAUGAUGUAUGGGAAUUCGUAACUCCUAUGAAGAGAGCUCGUUUUAUGCACUCAAGCUGCUUUGUAUCAUUUAACAGUUCAAUUAAUGCAAAAAGUAUAAACAACAUGCUCUUUGAUUCAGAAGAUUUUUGA